UUGUUUUUCCUCACUUAUUUCUCACUGAACCCGCCUUUCAGGCUUCUACUUUUUGGUCAGCGUGCGCUUUCGGUUUCCUUUUUUUUUUUGAAGAACACUUACAGUUCAUUCACUUUGAGAUAAUCGCGUCAAGAGCUUGAAAAUCAACAUGGCUUUUCUGCUGUUCUUCAAUUUUGCACUCACAUGCCUUGAUGUUCUUGCAUGGCCUCUCAUUGCACUGGGUUAUCCUCUAUACGCUUCUAUCUGGGCAAUUGAGACUAAUUCAAACUCGGACAUCAUGAAAUUGAUCACAUACUGGAUUGUCUUUUCCUCGAUUUCACUAUCUGAACAUGCUUUGAUGAAGCUACUUCAGUGGGUGUCUAUCUGGCCAUACAUCAAACUAGGGAUCAUCUGCUAUAUGUUGAUACCACAAUUUGAUGGUGCACUUUAUAUCUAUGAACAUUUUGUGCAUCCAUGUCUUCAUAUGGGACCAAAUGUGCUGAUAAAUUUAUUUGCAAAGAGGAAAGACUUACUCAAAAGAGAUGACUUUCUGGCUGAGGCAAAGAAAUAUGUAGAAGAGAACGGGUACGAAGCUUUAGAGAAUAUAAUCUCUAACAAGCGAUCAAAGCAGAAUGAGACUCAGAAAGAUAUCAAGAUUGUGCAAGUUACUGAGAAGAAGGAAUUGGCAUCAGUUAAGGUGGAGAUCAAAGAAGCAUCAGCAGGAAAGAUACUGGCUAGAGAACCUCACGCAAGACAAGAAAAAUCUCAGUCUCCUCAAAAAGAUCCAGAAGCAGCAGGAGUGCUACCGGCAAGACAAGUUCAGGAAAGACCGGUGUCUCAGUCAGUCCAGAUGGGCUCUUCAUCUCCAUCCUCAUCGCAUUUGCAGGUUCCCCAAAAAGAGACUAACACAAUUCAGUCCAAUCAGGCUCAAACAUCUCUACAUUCUAAAACUAAAGAACCAAAAGUGGUGGCAGAAGCAGCCGGAAGAGAAAUUCCUGAGCCAAAGCAAGUGCAAAAAGAAUGGACAUGUGCCAUAUGUCAAGCGAGAUGCACGAGUGAGAGCAACUUGAAUGAUCAUCUUCAAGGGAAGCGACAUAAGGCUGCUCGCGAGCAAUUGAAAGCAAACAACAAGGCACCGAAAGGGAAAGCUUCUGCAACUCCAUUGACAAAGAAAUCUGAUCAGCCAACCAAGGCAGGACCCGAGAAAUGUUCUUCAGAUAAAAAUCAAACCAAGAACUCUGAAAAUCUGUCCAGGAAGGAGAAAGAGAAGUGUAUGGCACGCGAUGCGGGUAAAAAUAAAGAGAAAAAUGGGAAACUCCAACAAGAGAAGGAGAUGGUGAAGAAAAAAAGGGAGUCCGAAAAUUGGUGUGCCAUCUGCAACGUGAGCUUGACUAGUUCAGUAGAUUUAAACUGUCAUGUAAAUGGAAAGAAGCACUUGGCUCAACUUAGGAAACUGAUGAGUCGCAUGGCAGGUGGGAAAUCGGAAUAAUGGAACCAGAAAAUUUUCUGAAGGCGGCUGAUAUAUCAUACACUUCACAUA